GUGCCGUGUCUCUCCCAAAUCUCUCAUUCCUUCGUUCUGCUUCAUUGGCACUCCAACCACCUCCCCACUCCAGGCAGCCAAACUCUGACUUCACCCAAACUCUGACCUCUUACUCUACUUAAUUCUGGCUCAGGGCAGUCAACACAAGACGGAAGGCAGGACAGCAUGAGCCGAUCACACCCCCAAACCAUCCAACUCAGAUCUGUGGGCUCCCAGCAAACCCAGGCUCCCCUGUCUCCACAGCUUGCUGUCCAAAAUCCCUCCUCCCACUCUUGGGCCUCUCUCAGUGGGCCUCCUCCCUGGGGCCUCGGCUGUCUUCUGGCUUUGCAGCACAUUUUGGUCCUGGCUUCUCUCCUCUGUGCCUCGCACCUGCUUCUGCUUCGAAGUCUCCCCCCAGGAGGACUCUCUUACUCCCCUGCCCACCUCCUGGCCUCCAGCCUCUUUGCAUGUGGUGUGUCUACCAUCCUGCAAACUUGGAUGGGCAGCAGGCUGCCUCUUGUCCAGGCUCCAUCCUUUGAGUUCCUUGUUCCUGCUCUGGUGUUGACCAACCAGAAGCUGCCUCUGGCCUUCCAGACACCUGGAAACUGUGAGCACCAAGCAAGGGUGAGGCCUCCCACAAGCUGCCCCCGUGUGAGGGGCCUGGCUGCUAUCGCCUGGAGCUCUGGAAUACUUCUCUCCAAGAGGUGUCUGGGGCAGUGGUGGUGUCUGGGCUGCUGCAGGGCACACUGGGACUAUUGGGGGCUCCUGGCCACUUGUUUCUUCACUGCGGACCCCUGGUACUGGCCCCCAGCCUGGUUGUGGCAGGGCUCUCUGCCUACAGGGAGGUGGCCCUGUUCUGCUCCGGUCACUGGGGGCUGGCCUUGCUGCUUAUCCUGCUCAUGGUGGUCUGUUCUCAGCACCUGGGCUCCUGCCAGUUACCUCCAUGCCCCUGGAGGCCAGCUUCACCUUGCACUCGCAUCCCUGCCUUCCGGCUCCUCUCGUCUUGCCCCUCAGGUGCUGGUCCCAGUGGCCUGUGUGUGGAUCAUCUCUGCCCUUCUGAGUCUCAGCGCCAUCCCCCUGGAGCUGUCUGCCCCCACUGAGGCACCGUGGCUUUGGCUGCCUCACCCAACUGAGUGGGUCUGGCCCUUGCUGACCCCGCGGGCUCUGGCUGCAGGCAUCUCCAUGGCCUUGGCAACCUCCAUCAGCUCCCUGAGCUGCUACGCCUUGUGUGGCUGGCUGCUGCAUUUGCCUUCUCUGCCUCCUCAUGCCUGCAGUCGAGGGCUGAGCCUGGAGGGCUUGGGAAGUGUGCUGGCAGGGCUGCUGGGGAGCCCGAUAGGCACUGCAUCCAGUUUCCCCAAUGUGGGCACAGUUAGUCUUAUCCAGUCUGGAUCUCAGCGAGUGGCCUACUUGGUGGGGCUGCUCUGUGUGGGGCUUGGGCUCUCCCCGAGGCUGGCCCACCUCCUCACCACCAUCCCACUGCCUGUUCUUGGUGGAGUGCUGGGCAUGACCCAGGCUGUGGUUCUGUCUACUGGAUUCUCCAACUUCCACCUGGCUGACAUUGACUCUGGGCGGAAUGUUUUUAUUGUUGGCUUCACCAUCUUCAUGGCCCUGCUGCUGCCAAGAUGGCUUCGGGAAGCUCCGGUCCUACUAAGCACAGGCUGGAGCCCUUUGGAUGUGUUACUUCACUCGCUGCUCACAGAGCACAUCUUCCUGGCGGGCCUUUUGGGUUUCCUCCUAGAGAACACCAUUCCUGGCACACGGCUUGAACGAGGCCUAGGUCAAGGGCUACCAUCCCCUUUCACUGCCCAAGAGGCUUGGAUGCCCCAGAACUCCAGGGAGAAGGCUCCUCAAGAGCAUGAGCUUCCUUUCCUCCUCCAAAACUUGUGUCCCUGUGUUCCCCAGCUGGCCCGUUGCCUCUGCCCACUGCCUGAAGAACCUGGGAUUGAGGAAGGAGGGCCCGCUGAGCCAGGAGAGACAGCCGACUUGCUGCCUGGUUUUGGGGAACAGUGCCCCCGGUCUAGCAGAGAAGAACUUAGGCCCCACUAAUUCCAGGAUUCAUAUGCUCUGGUUAGAUUGCUUUAUCUCCCAGCUUGCUGGAGAGUCAGCUCUCGGGUUCUACGUUCUCUUAGGGAGUGUGUGUGUAUGCAAAAUGAGUCUACCUAAGGGUCUUGUUUCCCAAUAGGUAUGUUGCCUUUCCUUCUCUUAAUUAGGUCCAACUGUUUCAGAGCAGGGGCCAUGAAUGAAUAAAUAAGAUUUUGCCUGUAAAUUAUC